AUUAGAUCUGAUAUUGUUAAGCGACGAUCUGAAGACGCCAGAAGCCUGUCGCCUGUGACGCUGUGAAAACGGCACGGAGAAGACCUCGGGUGAUCGCGUAGUGGAGGGUAGUCUUGGCGCUUCUAACUCCUCGAGGAAGGCGCAGUCUGCAACGACCUCACCUUGCAACAACUGCGUUGGCAAAGCCCUCGAUCUAUUGCGUUGCGAAUCCCAAGGAUCUCAUUAUUUUACAUCAUUCGCUGCAUUUCCCCCGAGAUAGCCACCCACGCUAGGCCUUUUCUUUCAAAAUGAGCGUCGCCGAGUUGACCGCAUUUGAGAACGAACUCAAAGAAUACAGACUGCAAUUAGAGACAGUGCAGUCGAGUCUGCAAGAUGAUCCCGAUAACACCGAACUGCAGAGCUUGAAAUCAGAACUUGAAGAAGUUAUUUCCCUCACCGAAGCUGCCAUUGCAGAACUAAAGCCUGCCUCAGUAACAACACCUGCUGCCAGACCAUCUCCGCCACCGGUAAAAGAAAAAUGGUCGAAAGAAAAUCAUCCAGCAUAUCAAGCUGGCUAUCGAAAGACUGAAGUCGAACCAGAAGAGGCUCACACCCCGUCGACAUUCUCUGUGAAUGACACUGUCAUGGCCAGAUGGAAGUCUGGCGAUGGUGGAUUCUACGCAGCCAGAAUUACGUCGAUAACCGGCUCAUCGAGUGAUCCAGUCUAUAUUGUGACAUUCAAGAGCUAUGGAAACACCGAAACCUUGAGAGCCAAAGACAUCAAGCCGUUGUCGAAUGAAGCAAAGAAACGCAAGGCUGAUGGCAUAUCAGGAUCAUCCGCUCCAGUUCCUCCACCAUCCAAUCCGAGUGUCAUUUCGGCGGCCGCAAAUGUCGAUCCUACAUUGGCGCAACAAGCCAAACGUGAGCCGAGCAAAGUCAGCGACGGCCCGGUUCGACCGGCUAAGAUACCUCGAAAAGUAAAGGCAAACAAGGAGUUGGAAGCAGGCAAGUCCAAAUGGCAGGAUUUUGCGGCCAAGUCCAAAGCUGGGAAGUUUACGAAGAAGGAAAGCAUGUUCAGAACAGGUGAAGGAGUUAAUGCCAGAGUCGGCUUUACCGGCAGUGGCCAUGAGAUGCGCAAGGACCCAUCACGGGCAAGACAUAUUUACCAGCAAGGCAGUCAGGAUGAUUGAUGGAGGAGUGCUGCUGGAGCUGGCCUUGCACCUUGCGUUCUGUCUCUUUUUAGUUUGAGCGUUUAUGAUUUUAUGAAGCAAUAGCUGACCGUCUUGCACACUGCAGAUAUUGCGACUUAAAACGGCUACAUGUACCAAGCCCGAACAGGCCAAUUCCAUCCUCAGACAAGUAUCUUCCUUUCUCGCCUGCGGCGGUUCUGACAUAUGGUGUACUCGUCUGCAGGGCUCUCAUAUCAGCGUCAAUGCUUUGUAUGGAGAAUGUUUGAACCUCGUCUGUUUGUGGUUGGUCAAAGCGAUUGAUGUUGGCCCCAGUCGACACGCAUGGGUGCUAUCGUUGUCCGGGAAAUAUCUCCCCAUUCGUGCUUGAUAGACGGUGUGAUCCACAAUUCCGCUUCCUGGCGCUCUGGCAGCCUCGAGUCGCUACCAGUCCAGGCUGUGAGCCAUACCGUAGACUCGUUCUCGCCCACGAUGGGCCUUGUCGAGAGACAUCGCAAGCCUCGUAGUGCAGCGGCUUGGGUUGUUGAGACGCCUCUAUGCUCUAAUGUGGGCAAGGCAAAUACGAUCGGUCGCCAUCUCGAUGGCAGGCUGCUUUUUGGAGUUCCACGUUAUGAACCGUUGCAGAGUCCGAUAACCGCACUAAACGUGGUCUGUCCUUCAAUAGU